UUCAUAAAAAUUUAAACAAUUACUAUUUACUGUAUUUUAGUAGGUGCGUUUUUCGCAGUGUCUCUUGGUUUUAUCGUUCAAUUUUGGAUGAAUACGGAUGUUGUUGAUUUAUCGAUUAACAUAUCUCAAACACACCGUUUCAUUUUAAUAACAGAAUACUUCAUUGAUCAAGAAAAGUAUUUUUAUCUGAUUCUGUUGCACAUCAACCUAGCAAUUUGCAUCGGAAUACUUGGAGCAUUAGCGACUGGUACAUUGUUCAUUAUGUAUUUUCAUCAUACCUGUGGAAUGUUUAAAAUUGCUAGUUAUCGUAUCGAGUAUGCAAUGAAUAUCAACGUUUUACAAAACUUUACAUUGAAAAAUGAGAUUUUGAUGACCGAAAGCAUAAUUUGUGCUGUUAAAAUCCAUCGAAAAGCUAUGAAGUUAUCUCAACAUAUGUUGUCUAAAUUCAAGAUAAUGGUAUCUUGUAUAACACUGUGUGGUGUAGCUUGCUUAAGUUUCAACUUAUUUCAAAUGGCAUCAUUUCAAAAUAAUGUCAAUGAAAUUUUAUUGCCAUUUGUAUUUUCGACCAUAUGUAUGUUAUAUAUGUUUUUAGCAAACUUUAUGGCUCAGAAAAUAUCGGAUCAUAAUAAUUACGUACUUACUACUGCGUACAACGUUCAAUGGUAUAAAACUCCUUUAUAUAUACAAAAAAUGAUAUUAUUCCUGUUGCAAAGAGGAACCAGAGAAUUUACCUUAAAUAUCGGUGGACUAAUUCAUGGAUCUAUGGAAUGUUUUGCUUCGCUAGUGAAGACCUCAGUAUCUUAUUUUACCAUCAUCUAUUCUACACGAUAAUAAAACAAAUAUAAAUUUAUUAACACAGAGGUAUGAAUAUAUUUAAUGAAGAGAUAUUUACGUUUAGUAAAUAAAACAAUUCAUUUUUUAAAAAUAUAGGGUAACUAGAUAUUUUGCAGCUAAAAUAAAAGAUUAAAGUUAGUCAAGCAAAGGUAUUAAUAUUUUAAGUUUUGUAGUCUAAAUCGUAAAUCUAAUCGUAAUCAUUGUAGUAGCUACAGUUCAAAUAUACAUGCUUAUUUAAUGUUACUACGCCUAAGUAAGAUUUUUCUUAAGUGCACUUUGUUACUAAGCAUUACUCUUAUAAAAACUACUUUGCAUCAACAUUCGUAUAAAUAAAUGCCAAAUGAU